CAUGUUUCACCCAAAUAAGAUGUGUUUACGUUUUGCGAUGUGAUGUUUUGCAGUGCUUUAUGUCUGUCAGUAUUUACAUUUCACCCUAUUUUUUUAUCGAAUUAAGAUUUUUGGAAUUUAAACUGUGACAGUGUUAGCGCGUGCAUAUUGCAGUUUUCUUAUAGAUUACUUUCAAAUUACAGUAAAGUGUCCUCGACCUGAUCCCAUCUGCAUGAGCAGUGACAGACAGAUGGCUAACCAUAUGUGUACCUCUGCAGGUGUGAUGGACGAGGAGAUGAUGAGAGAGCCAGCUGGUCUGGAUGGACUGCCACCAAUGUACAGCAUUCUGAAGGGAGAGGUAGUGUCCGUUACAACAUACGGCGCUUUCGUUAAGAUUGCAGGAUACAGAAAACAAGGUCUGGUUCAUAAGAGUGAGAUGUCAGCCUGUCGGGUGGAUAACCCGUCUGAAAUAGUUGAUGUAGGGGAGCAAGUGUGGAUAAAAGUCAUUGGCAAAGAGAUGAAAGAUGAUAAAGUCAAACUGUCCUUCUCUAUGAAAUCUGUCAAUCAAGGCACUGGCCGGGACUUAGACCCCAACAACGUCAUGGCAGAACAAGACGAACGUCGCCGGAGACAGUUCAGAGAUCACACCGGGCAGAAGAUCACAUUGGAGGCUGUGCUCAACACCACAUGCAAAAAGUGUGGCUGCAUUGGUCACUUUGCAAAGGACUGCUUCUCUCAGGCUGGACUGCAGUACAGUUUAGUUCCAGAAGAGGAGGAGGAGCCGCCGACCAGCAACCAGAACACCCAGUCAGAGCCUCAGAAGCGUAAAAAGGAAAAGAAGGCAAAGAAAGAAAAGAAGAAAAAGAGAGAGAGGAAGAGAGAGAGCUCUUCAUCUGAUAGCAACGAUGAAGAUGCAAAACGGCCCCGGCAUUCUCACACACACUCAGACAAGAAGAAAAAACACAAGAAACACAAACACAAGGCGAAGUGAUUUUGGUUUGCAAAACUUGUGCAUGUCGUUGCAUGCGUUGGCAGGUUUAUCCAGAUUAAAUGCAUCUUAUCAGUUUUGGCUUGUAUUUUUUUGUUCAUAUUAAAGUUGAAUUUAAUUUAACCACUAAAA